GGAAACAGCGCCCCCUUGGUCGGCUCCGUAGAAUGACAUGUCUGCUUUUGUCAGUCAUCACCUGGCAGGCAAGGCAGUCGAGUCCGUCGAGCGCAGGCAUAGACGCAGAGCUCCAGUAUAGCACAGCAAUUUAGUGAGUGAGUGAGUCGGUGAGACAGACGCUUCGGUUGUACGGCCCGCGCGCUGCUAGCCAGCCCAGCCGCCUGAAUGUAGAUCCGCAUGGGCUACUUCUCCCACCGCACUCUCAUUCUCCAAAUAAGCCAGCGGUGUCAUAAAAUAAGGAUCCCAGGAUGGUGUUGGUGCAUGUCGGAUACUUGGUUCUCCCCGUAUUCGGCUCAGUAAGAAACCGAGGAUCCCAUUUCACCCGGCAACAGCAGCAGCAGCAGCACAGCCAUGCUACCUCUUGCCGACACUUCCAGCUAGGCCCCCAGGCGCCGCUACCCAUGGACUUCCCCAUGCCCCAGCCGCAGUCGGGCAUCAACCCCCACCUGGCCCCUCCUGGCCACCAGCACGGACCUCCGCUACAUCACCCGCCCCUCAACCCCAUGCCCGCCCCCCAGUUCCAGGACAUCCCCGCCCCUCCUUUCCUACCUCAGGCAUUACACCAGCAAUACCUCCUGCAGCAACAGAUCCUGGAGGCCCAGCAUCGACACAUCCUGCCACCCAACAGUAGACGCACAUCAGAGAGGGUUCCUCACCAGCCCCACAGACUGCGUCCAGGCUACGAGUUCCCCCCGCCUCUGCACGUUCCACCGCAGCCUGUGGUGCAGCAACCCCGCUACCUGGCCGAGGGCACAGACUGGGAUCUAAGUGUAGACACCGGACUCCCGCCACACCAGUACCACAUCCACCCACUGCCGCAGCACUAUCAGCACUACCUGACAUCUCCCAGGAUGCACCACUUCCCCAGGAACAGCGCCUCAACGCAAGUGGUCGUCCACGAGAUACGAAACUAUCCGUACCCUCAGCUGCACCUGCUGGCGCUACAGAGUCUCAACCCCUCACGCCACGCGUCUGCCGUCAGGGAGAGCUACGAGGAACUUUUGCAGCUGGAAGACCGACUGGGCAGCGUGAAUCGUGGCGCGGUCCAGACCACCAUCGAGAGAUUUACUUUUCCCCACAAGUACAAGAAGAGAUUCCCCCAAGACCUGAAGAUGUGUUUGGACGACGAGGAACUGGACACAGACGAGAAGUGCACCAUUUGUCUGUCCAUGCUGGAGGACGGAGAGGACGUCAGGAGAUUACCCUGCAUGCACCUGUUCCACCAGGCGUGCGUAGACCAAUGGCUGGCGACCAGCCGGAAGUGCCCCAUCUGCAGAGUGGACAUUGAAACCCAGCUCAACCCCGACAGUUGAUAGCCGCUCCUGCCGCACGCAAGCCUCAUGAUCCUCCACUCUAUCCCCUUCUUGGGAUUUGUGGGGUGCCUCCUCACUUCCCCUCUUGUUAGUGGGAGGGGGGCAAGGGUAGGAAAAUAACAAAGCACACACACACACACUCAGACACAAGCAGGGAUGCAUGCAGUGGACACAGUUUUAAGACUGGGAUGGAUGGAUGGAUGGAUGGACGGAUGGACGGAAAAGGGCGGGUGCCGCCAUAUACUGAUGUGCUGAGUCAUGCUCUAUGCACCCCCCACACUACACACACUACACACACACACACACACACACACACACACACAAGGACAUCUGUAUAGAACAUUACUACACAAAAGCAUGAUUGGUGUGUAGCCCGACGCUUGUGGUGUCCUCUAGUACUGAUUGAGUAUUUACCGAGUAACAGUGUUGUGUAGCAACUUGAGAGUGUCAGAUAGCCCACGGUUAGAAAACCGGGUGGGGGAGGCUAAUCGCGUGCGUUGUAUGUACAAAGGCCAAAAAUAGCGGACAACACCCCCCCACCCCUCUUGUGUGUUGUGUUUCUUUUGGAUUUACAAUGAACCCUCGUUUUUUCACGGGGGAUACGUUCCACAACUGCCCCCAAUUGGUAAAAAUCCACUUGAUUGACAAAUGGGAAACUAUUGUGUAACAUCACUUGAAACAAUGGAUGAUUCUGAUGCCCUACAAUUUUUGGAAGCCUUUGCACGUCACUGACUUGCUUGCAUUUUUCUAAAAAUGAGAGGCAAAGCAUGCUUGCUUCAGCUGUAUUUGCUACUCGCAGCUGAUGUUUGCUCUCAGACAGAGCCGCAAAACAAAGACAACCAAACCUUAGAUUUUAACUUUUCAUGCAAAACCAACCAAACCAUGUCAUUUCAUCGAAUGAAAAGUCUGCUAGCUUAAUGCUAACGUUUAAUUGAAAAGGCUAUAUACGUGCUAACUGAAAUUAGCAGCCAUGUUACAGUAAAAACUGUGACUUUAACACUGAGCAGCAACAAUACUCACUAGGGUAUAUUCUCUCUGCUCUCAAGCAACAAAUAUUAUCGGACAUCCUCUUCUGGACAUGUUGCGGCUAAACGUGGCAUCACACCGAAGGAGCGCAACUUUAAAUUCAGCCUUUCCUGUGAAAUCCUACAAUCGCGUCAUAUUAUAUAGCAGGGUUGUGAACCGCGAUCCAGCGGGGGAACACUGUAGACGCCAUCCACGCUAAUGCGGCUAACUGCAGGCAUGACUUCCAGUGACGUGUGUGUUGUGUCAUAGUCGGCGCCGGGGGCAACGCCCCCACUGACCGGCCUCCAUCAUCAGAUGUGCAUGCUUGUGUGCCGACGCAGGGACCCCCGUGUGCCCCCCACCUGAUCCUCUUCAACACACGCGCACUCAGACACCAAUCUCGGGCACCGUGUGUGACAGCAACUCCGCCAUCUUGCCUCGAGAUGAGUGACAUUUCUCAGAACCUUAUUGCCUACCGAACAAGCACAUGUGACGUUUUGUAUGAUUUUGAAUUUUGUCGCAAUUUAUGUGCCCAUUUCAGUUUCCGUUGCGCCCACUCACAUGCAAGCGGUGUUAGAGGGGAAAACAAAACAACAAGACACUAGUUUGCCUGCGUUAGUUUGAAUGCUCAAUUCCUUUGUGGUUAUACUGUGAUGGCCUGUGUGUGUGUGUGUGUGUGUGAGUUAGAUGCAUGUAGUCUUAGGACGAAAGGGAUUAAAAGCCAUCCAUUUUGAAAGAAAACAACAACCAAACAAUUGUUCUUAAUUGUCUUGCCAUUUUUUUAGUUGACAUGCCAUGACAUGGUACUAAUACCCUUCACCUGUUCCAUGUCCGUGUUAACCACAGUGAAGAGAAAUAGCUGCAACACUGCAAAAAAAAAGACAAAACAUAUUUAUUGUAAUGUAGCGUGUGUGUUUUUUCUUUCUUUUUUUGUAAAUGCACUACCAUGUGGAGUUGCCUGUUUUUGCGUUUGUUUUGGUGGCGUGUGUGGGUUCUUCUUGUCUUAGGGGUUUGUGUUUUGGUUGGAAUCCAAAUAUUUUCACACUUCCCUGUGUGUUCUCUACCAAGAAGUGAUAGGGCCACGUCGGAAUUCCAAGAACACAAAAGGCAUAAAAGUAACCCCCCAUCAGCGUGGCACUAGCACUGCUUGAUUGUUAUCGCAGAAUAACUUGAUUGUGUUUUCAUGCGAGACCUCCAUCCAAAAAUGAAAAACAAACAAAAAAAAUGUGCUGAAAUAACGGGAGGUUCUGCUAGUUCACAUAGAAUGCUGUGAUUUAAAGAUGCCUUAAGUAUUUAACAAUCAUUAUUUAUUACUAACUGUAGCUAGCUAGCUAUCGUGGUGGAAUAUUUAAUGUCUCAUAACUUUGCAAUUCAAUGGAUAUAUUUAUUUAAAAUAAGACAAAAAGUAUGACAAAAAAAAGAAUACCUCAUUAUGCAUUGGGUCGGUGGGGAUGCUUCUGCAUGCCGUCUGUGUGAUUAUGAUUUUAUUAUUAUUACCCCCCCUCCCCCCCAAAAGAAAAGAAAACAAAGACACAUCUUACACUUUUGACACCAGCAUGGUGCUGUUGAUCUAGAUGACAUUCCCUUUAGCUUUCCCUGCUUUUGAUCGGAGACACGUUUUGUCUUAGUAAUCGCUCUUUUUGCCAUACGAUGCUGCUUGGUAAUUGUUUUUUGACUCCACAUUGCUGACACUCGUAUCUGGAUCCCGAGGCCUCGUGUUGCCCUACGUAGUGCUGGCUGUUUUGCUUGGUGUAUUUCCAGCGGGGGUUGUAUUUCACUUAACAUGCUAACUUGAGCCAUCAUCGACAAAUAUAUAUUUAAAAUAAAAACACAGCUAUAAAUGGAGUGUGGAUGUAAUAAGCUAACUUUUCAGUGUGCUUGUCCUCUCAAUGCUAAUAACUCUUUCGGAGAUUAAAAAAAAACAAAAAAGGGAAAACUCAAUAUUGGAAUUGAAUGAAGCUGGCUGGCUGGCUGGUCUUGACUAUUUAUUCUGAUUCUGGUUUUAUUUUUGUUGGUUUAGCAUUUUCCAAUGACUAUUUGCGUGCUCUCACUGAGCUUAGCCCGCGCGCCUGCCACAGUGUACCCUCGUGUGUUGCUCCCGAGCCAAGCGGAGCGUAGCCAUAGUAUUAAAUAAAGUCCAGCCGAGGAAACAGUAGAACUUUGAAAGCACAAGCUUUUUCAAUGCAUGUCCUUCUCAGGUUUUCCUAUGUGUAUGUGGGAGUAGCUCUGUUUAGAUGUCUUUCAUAUGAUGCUGUAUACCUUCUUGAAUAUUCCUUUCUUUGCUGCUGACAGUAAACAACAAUGAGAAAAUGACAAAAAGACAAACAAUGUGGAUUCUGAUGAUUAUUAUUAACCUGCCAGUGAAAAAGGGAAGUGGCCAUCUUUGUACAACACACUGCUGUUUUGCUGUAACCGCGCAAUGUUUUAUGAUCUUGAGUAUUUUAUAGAGAAGUAGAAGUAUGUAUCAUCAAUAAUAUGAAAGCAAUAGCUAAAUCAUAAUGAAGAAUAACAUUGAUCAGUGAUGAAUAUUGUGGAGACAAAAAAAAAAAAAAAAAGAACCUUUAGAUUCACUCUGGGUGGAUUUUUGUACUGUAUUUAUUACUAAUGACAAUGCAAAAAGUUGCAUAGCUUAACCCAAACUGUUCUGUCUCUUUUUUAUUUAUUGUCUUGUAUAUGAUCUUUUUCUAUGUGUUUUUCAAAUAAAACGCUUAAAAUGCUGACGACAAA